AUGUCUUCUACCAGCGGCUCAUCGAACUCCUCGCCCUCCUCAGGUGGCCUGCCACCUGCCUCCUACGACGGAAGUCACUUACCAUGGUGUACUUUCCGACAAGAAGUCCUAGCACCGCACAAAAUUCACAUCCUCGACAGUCCACCGAAAGACCGCAUACCGACGGCUUUCCUGCAGAUUGUGGAAACUGCCAGCCAAGAUACAUCUCACUUCGAUAUCCAAAAGAACUGCUUUUGGAACCAGGUUACAACGGGUCGAGGAUUUGGACCUUCCCCGAUAUUUCCACCGAACCUGCUACCACCGAUGGUGAAUGAAUCUCAUUCGCGAUGCAUGGUCCCAUUCUUUGGCAGUCGCGAAGCCCUUCCAGAACGAACGAUUAAUCAUCCGGCGCCCUUCUACGAACUAUCGGUUCCUCGUCCUGGUCUGGGAUGCGGAUUUUCCGCUGCAGCCUUCACAAACAAAGAGUUGGCCAUAAUGCCUCAGUGGCUUCAAGCCACGGGGACAAUCGUGCAUUUCGAGACGGGAUACAUUGCCCCUGGAGCGUCGCUGUACUGUCCCUUUCUGACCUUCGAGCGCGCCUAUGGGAACAAGAAGCAGCGCGUAGAAUCAGCGAACAACCAAUGUGCCAUCGCAGGCGCGUACUGCACACGCGCCCUACAGAUGCUAUACACGCGGGCGAGAAAGGAUCCGAACGGGUCAAUGACGGCUCCUGACCAGUUGCCAGUCUCUUUCUCAUGCACCAUCGACAAUAGCUUUGCUCUACUGAAUUUGCAUUGGAUUGAUCUCGAACAAGGGCAAGCUUACUGCAUGGCCCCGCUGUGUCAGUUUGAUCUCAGCAAGGACGUACAUUUCAGCAAGUUUCUGGUCUGGACCCAGGCUAUUGGUGAUUGGGGUUUAUCUCAUGUUCUGCCACUGAUAAAAGAGGCGCUGGGACGGCUUCAGGAAGCAUCAAAUGGGACUCCAACUGCUCUUUGCCAGCCACACUACAACACUGCGUCAACAAGACUCCGUUUGGACACUGGACCGGCCAUCAUGAAGGAUGAGCUUCUCAUCUCGUCCCUCAAAACCACAUUCGAAAAUAUCCCCUGGCGAUUUGAAGACGAGGGUUUCUCGGGCGUCUCUUCUUCCACCGCAUCAUGGGGCUCUCCAAUGAUGUCAGACUACACCUUUUCCAAGGUGAACUACCCGACCGUGCAACCGCCAAGAAGCAACAUCAGCGCUCCUAACUCUUCCAUCGUCGCUCGCAAGCGCGUUGGCGGACUUGAUCUUUCAAGGAGUCCAGUCACACCGCCACCAGCAUAUUUGCAGAAUCCGGAUUUGUUAUGGCAGAAACGAUUCAAUCAUGCAAUGGAGGAGAUAAGGCAGCUGCAGAACCAGAUGCAGGCGUUCAAGAGGGAGAUUGAGGAUUGCAAGCGGCCAUUGCUCGACGAGAAGGCCCGGCCAAGUCCAACCACCUCCCCGUCAUUGGAAGCUCGGCCGUCAAAUGAAGAAGAUACGAGGGAGACCACAGAUCCCGAAUCGACCACCCCAAAGGUGCAGAGCCCGCCUCUCUCCCUGACUUCCAACAAGCCAUCACCAUCCGAGACGAUUCUAUCCAUGGGAGGUUCCGCGAUAUGGAAAUGCGCUGCUAUCGUCCUGUCGGGACAUUUUCUCGCCUCGUUCAUCCCCAAUAUGACGAUUCGGCUGAUCACUUACGGGUGCAUCACAAACGCGUGCCUCUUGGCGUGUCUGACCCCGAAAUUUACCUUGAUUGGAAUGUCGACUUCAGCAACAAAGUUCCCGACAUUUGCGAUCUGGAGAUGGCGGUGA